CCUCUCCCGCCUCUCUCUCGCUUUCCCUCUCCCCCUAUUUAUUAUUUACGGAGGAUUACAGUCCCUUUCCCACGCUGCCAUCUCGCCGUGCGGCUCCUCUGCUUUCCGUGCGGGGCGAGCGGCUGGCUAGGAGGGGCUCCUACCACCUAGGGUCUACCGAGAGCCCAGCCAGCAACGGAGGGACUUUCUGCCGGAUUUGCUUUGGGAUUGUACCGGGUUCGCUGGAAGAGCUGCCGUUCUCACAGGAGGGUCCAUCCCAGCCCGAGAGAGGACCUGGCAGGCAGGCUACAAGGUCAUUCCUCCUCCCUUUGGGGCUGUGUGCCAGGCUGGCUGGUGGAUGUGAAGUCACGCUGGAGAAGUCAACAAUGCUGCCUACAACUGCUGGCCACCGGUGGAGGAGCAGAUUCCUCAUGAGGUGGCAAGAGGCUUGUCUGCUUGGCUGUUGGCUGUCGCUAUGUGCUGCUGAGUCCUUCUUUGCUUGUCCUUCCUCCUGCAAGUGUAACAGUGGCAACCUGGAAGUGGACUGUAGUGGCUUGGGCCUCUCUUCCAUCCCCUCAGACAUACCCACAAACACCAGGACCUUCCUCUUUCUCAACAACAAACUCAGCAUCCUGCCGGGAGCAGUGUUUUCCAACCUCUCUGCCCUACAGAGGCUGGAUCUAUCCAACAACUUCUUGGACCAGCUCCCUCAGAACAUCUUCAAUGACCUGGGGAACCUCACGGAACUCCAGCUGAGGAACAACAGCAUCCGGGCCUUGGACAAGGACCUGCUACAACACACGGCCCUGCUGCGCCAGCUGGAUCUCUCCAUCAACGGCCUGGCCCAGAUACCCUCGGGCAUCUUUGACGACUUGCCUGCUCUCCGCUCCCUCUCUCUCAGGUCAAACCGCCUGCAGAGCCUGGACAGGGUGACCUUCGAACCGUUAACCAGCCUGCAGCAACUCCAAGUUGGGGAUAACCCCUGGGAAUGCGACUGCAACCUCCGAGACUUCAAGCACUGGAUGGAGUGGUUCUCCUACAGAGGUGGGAAAAUCGACCAGCUGGCAUGUACCCUGCCCAAGGAGCUGAAAGGGAAGGAUAUGCGAAUGGUGCCCAUGGAAAUGUUUAACUACUGCUCCCAGCUGGAUGAUGAGAACAGCUCUACAGUGCUGGACAAUACUGGCCCGCCCUGCACUAAAGGAAGCCCAACUCCUACCAAAUCUAAAUCAGGCCCAGAAACAGAAGUGGAGCCCAGUGUGGGAUGCCCUCAGAAACAACGAUAUAGGCCUGUGAGCGUGCGCCGGGCUAUAGGCACUGUGAUCAUCGCAGGGGUGGUUUGUGGCAUUGUUUGCAUCAUGAUGGUGGUGGCAGCUGCUUAUGGUUGCAUCUAUGCCUCCCUCAUGGCCAAGUACCACCGGGAGCUGAAGAAGAGGCAGCCACUCAUGGGUGACACAGAAGGUGAACAUGAAGAGCAAAAACAAAUCUCUUCCGUGGCAUGAAACUCUUCUAGGAAGGAAGGGACAGCAACGAACAAAGGUACCUGAGAGCAGUCAAGCAUGGGGUCCUCCCAAAAUACAUCUUCCCAGACAGACAGACAGACAGACUGUGCUAUUGCUCCACUCACCCAAGUAGUGCAACAGGCUUCUGGGGGGGUCAGGGCACCUGGCUCAAUUUCUGUUCCUCUGCCCCAGGCCCAUUUUGUGCCCUUUCAUCCUUGGGCCCUCCCGGACAAAUAAAGUAGAGUCAGACCUCGA